AUGGGAUCAGCGCAGCAUACUAAACCAUCCAAAAAACGCUGGAAUGGUUCUCAUUGGCAAAAAUUCCCAACUCGUCCAACUCCAAUUCGACCGCCCCGCUUACCAAACCUUCAGGAAAAGCCGAUCUACUCAAGACAGACGGUGAAUAAACACUUGCCUCCUGGAGUUGAACCAUCAGCAGGCUGUACAGCCUGCAAAUCAAGCCUACAAUUUACCAAUAAAGAAGCCAAAAAGUACGAAGUUGGUACAAAUAUUCCCGGUUUACCUUUUAAAACAAAACAAUCAUGGGCGGGUAAUAUAGCUAUGCCAGAUACGCCAACGACAAAAAAUGCAUCCUUACAUUUUUGGCUUUGGGGUAAAGAUGAUUUUCGUCCUGGGGAUGAUUUGAUCAUUUGGAUGAACGGUGGACCGGGCUGUUCAAGUCUGGUUGGUCUGGGACAAGAAAUUGGUCCGUUCAUUUUUCCGCCUGGUGAAGAUCAAGCUCGGCCUAAUGCUUAUUCAUGGACGAUUGCAGCAAAUGUUCUCUUUAUUUCGCAACCUGUCGGAGUAGCGUUCACAACAGGAACAACAAACAACACAAAUGAAGAUCAGAUAAGUCAGCAAUUUGUCACCUGGCUAUUCCACUUUUUUGCCGUUUUUCCCAAUUUACGGUUCAACAGAAUAUGGAUUGCUGGAGAGAGCUAUGUUGGUCGCUAUGCAGCUUAUUUUCUGGAUGCGUACCGUAGAAAUCCUGCCGGAAAAUAUCUCCAAGGAAUUAAGGGCGGAAUUUUAUUUUCACCAGUGGUUUCCGACCUCACGGUGCAAUUGGAUGCAGUUACGUAUGAGUUCGCUAAACUCAAUAAAAACAUCUUGAGGUUCAAAGAAGAAGAUCUAAAGAUUGUCAAAAACGAAUCUGACACUUGUCAUUUGACAAAUUUCACAUACAAUUAUCUGACCUACCCACCUCAAUCAAGAUUACCCGACCCGAACCCAGAAUGUUUGACGUUUGACUUAUACCUCGAAUUGGCAAGACAGCAUAAUUCGCAUUUCAACAUGUAUAAUAUCGAGGAACCGAAUAUGGGAUUACCCGGGCAACCAACCGCUUUGGAAAAAUUUUUCAAUCGAACAGAUGUUCAAGAUUAUAUCCAUGCUCCUCGUCAAAAUUUCAAGAUUUGUAAGCAAGUUUUCGCCGAUGAAAAUUAUGACGAAUCAGAACCACCAGAUCGAUCGCCUUCUUUUCAAAAAUCAAUACUUGCUCUAAUGGUUGAGUAUAGUACGAAUUUUACUAUUAUGUCCGGUUUACUUGAUGGAUUGGUGAUGAGUAGAGGACUUGAAUUGGCUUUGCAAAAUCUCACAUGGGGAGGAGAACAAGGCUUUAAUUAUCCGCCAAGCGGUAGGGUACCUUUAUGCGAUAUGGAAGGAAACAAGAGAGCGUUUGCAACGUUUAGUGAGCGUAAAUUACGCUAUGUAGCGGUACCUGAUGCUGGACAUAUGAUACCAAUGGAUGAGCCUUCUUUAUCACUCAACGCUGCAUUAUCGAUGCUUGGACGUGGAAGUCUGUUUUGUUGA